AUGCUAUCGAAGAUUUGUUUCGCCGUCCCUCUUCUCGUGCACCUGGGCCAUGGGAGUGGCUUUGUCGUCGCACCCGCGUUCGUCUUGAAGCAGAUGACCACCAUCAUGGACCCUCUGCAGCUCGAGUCCUACUACGGCGGCCCCCAGGCGUUUCUCCUUGUGGUGAU